AUGUGCGUGCUCGCGUUCGUGCACUCGGACGGCGACGGACGCUACAUCGAAGAUCCCGCGAUGCGGCCGACGAAUAUCCACGUCCUGCACGCGGAGCGCGAGGUGGCGGAGCGCGCGAGAAGGCGCGGGAUCGCGCGGCACGGCAGCGCGCUCGUGCUGAGAGAGAUCGCGCGGAGGAACCGCGGGCGAGACGUGAAGUUCACGUGGGUGAUGGGCGAAGACGCGUACGCGGAUCUGCGAGGCGGGAAAUGGAUCGACGGCGACGCGUUCGAGAGGGAGUGCGCGCAGCUCGUGGUCCCUCGCGGCGGCGAAACCCUAAACCCGAAAGACGACAGUACCCGAACCACCUUAGGCCCCAACGCGAAGGUCGCGGAGGGGUACGAAGCGAUCAUGGACCCGGAGGUGUCGAGCACGCUGAGCCGCGCGGCCAUCGCGCGGCGACGCGAUUGGAACGCGCCCGUCAUGACCGGUGAGACUGCUUCCCAUACACUCCCGUUCGCGUGGUGCACGCCGUUCCUUAAGGCGUUUUAUCACGCGAAAGAGCUGGCGGCGUAUCGCAAAGGCAUCCGGAGCCUGUGCGGGGACACGCUCGCGUACGUGGACUCUCGGAGGUUGUACUCGCUCGGGUGGCCGCACGGGGUGACGCAGGAUGGCUUGUUGAAGGAGGAGGACCUGGAGAACGACGUCGAGGGAGAGACGUGCGGGGUGUGGGAGCGGAAGAAGAAGCCUGAAUAG